GCAUCUAUAGAUCUCCCUCCACCCCUCAUUCUGCACUCAUCCAUCCCUUCCUCACCCCCCCCUGCUCCUCCUCUCAAGGCCCCGUCCCCCCCUAACUGUCCCAUUCUAGCAGACAUCAUGAAUAUUUUAGAGUAGGAUACUCGUGGUCAUUGGACAGACUGCAGUGCAGCAAUUUGAUAAGAAGCUAGGGAAAGCUCUGAAAACUACCACACUACUACCACCCUACUGAGGACCAGCAGAUCAUCUUGUGAUAUACGCAGGCCAUCUAAGGAGUCCCUUAAACUUUACUGCAUAGAAAAAGCUAGCAUGGAUGUCUUUAAGAAAGGUUUCUCAAUAGCAAAGGAAGGCGUGGUGGCUGCUGCAGAGAAAACCAAGCAGGGUGUGACAGAGGCUGCAGAAAAGACCAAGGAGGGCGUGAUGUAUGUAGGUACCAAAACUAAGGAGGGUGUGGUUCACAGUGUCAGCACAGUGGCUGAGAAAACCAAAGAGCAGGCCAACGUGGUGGGAGGAGCAGUGGUGACAGGAGUAAACCAAGUGGCUACAAAGACUGUAGAAGGAGCAGAAAAUGUGGUAGCUUCCACCGGUGUUGUAAAAAAGGAGGACCUGGCACAUCCAGAAGAAGCUGCUCCAGAGGAACCAGCUGUUGAGGCCACAGAAGAAACGAAGCAGGCUGGCGGUGGAGAAAAUUAAUCAACUGUUCUUACAUGCUGCUGAAUAUCCUUGAAGAAGAUGUAUAGCUAAUACCACAUCGCUAAUACCACAUCAGGGAAGCCUUUAAUUUAGCAGUUAAAGGCAUCCACCCACUAUCCAUCGUACAGUUUAUCAUGUAGGUGUAUGGAUCCAUGUCCUGAUACUGUAUGUUCAGCUAAAGUAAACCUAUCAUGCAUCACUCAUUCCAUUUUUUGUUUCAUGCUCUCUAACAUGGGGCUCAUUCUGCAUUUCCUUUAAAUUCCUACAAUCAUGUCUAUCUAGCCAACCUUUGAUUUUCUAUAUACUGUACUUACAAAAUGACCUGUCAAAAUUUGGAUAAUUUGUUAUAUGUCGUCUGUCCUAUAACUUAUGCCAAUUCUGUAUUUUAUUUAACAUCAGUACUCAUUUUCAUGUGCAAGUCUAAACAACUAAAUCUGUAAAACUAAUCUCUGCGAUUGAACCCGCACUGUAUUGUACCACUCUUAAGUCUGUUUUGUUAACUCAAUUUUCAGUCGUUAGCAUAUCUGCACUUUAACUCCCAUAUCAGAAAUGAUCGUUCUUAAUUACACUACUAAAACUG